AUGCAGUUCGCCUCUUCCAUUGUGCAGUGUCCCGAGACGCCCCAACAGAACGAUCGCAAGAUUGUCCUGACCUUCGUCAACCUCACUGCGGAACAGGUGCAGCAGCUCAAGACCUCGAAAUUCCAAUUGCGUCUCUUCUGCACCAGUAUGGAGGCGCACGCCGCGUCUUUGUUCGGCCGCAACCCUGCCACCGCUGAGUUUCCCCACACUUGCGAGGCCAGAGUCAACACGCACACGCUCUCCACCAAUCUGCGUGGAAGCAAGAAGCAGGCCGGUCGAGUCCCUCCGCCAAACUUGAACAAGGACAACACGCUGGUCCUCCAGGAAGGCCGUCCCAACCGCAUCGGUCUCACGUAUGCAAACGCGCCUAAACGCUACGUGCUGGUCGCAGCCAUCUGCUAG